GCAGGAUAUAAAUGCUAUAUAUAACAUAAUUCCUGUUGUUUUCCGUUGAAGUGUAAAAUCUAAAUGUAACAUACAAUAUAACUAAACAAAAGUAAAGUAUUGAGCGACCACUAAAUAUGUAGUUUUUUAUUAUUUUGUAGCAUCUGCUUUGUGUUUUAGAGGGUAUAUUACAUUACUGACUAUAUAUGGAUCGGUUCAAACGAACCGAAUCACUUAAUCAACGCGACUUAUAUUUAAAAUACUUUUGAUAAAAAGAUUAAAAGACUUAAGAUCAUUUGCAGCCACAUAUGUCCGAGCUUAGUUAACAUAACACAACCCUUCCAGGCUACAAACCACUUUUGACGUUACAAAGAUUCGUCAGCUAAAACGAAUCCCUGGCAGUUUAUGAAGCACUGAAUCGAAACAAAUGAUUCGUAAACGUUUCGAAGCUUCAUGAAGUAGGCUUGAUCGCACCCAGCAGCUACUUUGCCCCCAGAAUAUCUCCGCACGUCACAGGCAAUGUUGAAAGCUUUAACCAAGUUGAAUCCUAUUGCUGGUAUAAGAAUGAUGUCCCACCACAGCCCCCUAUCAGGAAAAGUUGCUAUAGUAACUGCAUCCACAGAUGGAAUUGGGCUUGCAGCUGCAGAGGCUUUAGGCCAGAGAGGAGCACAUGUUGUUGUUAGCAGUCGACGACAGACCAACGUUGACAAGGCUGUAUCGCUCUUGCGCAGUAAAAACAUACAAGUGACAGGGACCACUUGCAACGUGGGAAACGCAGAAGACAGAGAGAAGCUCAUAAACAUGACAGUUGAGCAGUGUGGUGGUGUGGACAUGCUGGUGUCCAACGCAGCUGUGAACCCAUUUUUUGGGAACAUAUUAGACUCCACAGAGGACGUCUGGGACAAAAUACUCGGAGUGAAUGUGAAAUCUUCAUUUCUACUGACCAAACUGGUUGUGCCUUACAUGGAGAAAAGAGGGGGUGGGUCUGUUGUGUUUGUGUCUUCUGUAGCAGGGUACCAGCCAAUGCAAGGUCUGGGCCCAUACAGCGUGAGUAAAACAGCUCUGCUUGGUUUAACCCGAGCUCUUGCUCCUGAUCUUGCCCAGAGUAACAUCCGAGUCAACUGCGUUGCCCCUGGCAUCAUCAAGACACGUUUCAGCUCAGCACUGUGGGAAAGCGAGAGCAUGACGGAAGAAGUCCUGAAGCAAACAAGCAUAAAAAGACUUGGCGAACCAGAGGACAUAGGCGGUGUGAUUGCAUUCUUGUGCUCAGACGAUGCCUCAUACAUCACAGGAGAGACCAUCACUGUAACUGGAGGCAUUAACUGCAGACUUUAAGUGCCGCUGUUAUCAUAUACAGUAAUUACACCGUAUAUGUACAGAAUGUCUUUCAGAGGAACCUUCCACUUGUAUUCAACACAUGACUGUAACAAUUGAUGUGAAAAUACAUUACUAUUCUAAAACACAUGAUUGGAAUAAGUGAUUUUUGCUAAUUU